UCUCUCUCUCUCUCUCUAAGCUACAUAUAAUUUCUUCAUGAAUAACUAGAACUUAAUUAGCUCUUAUGUACAUACAAGUCUCCAACUCCCAAAAUUUAACUCCAUGGCUGCACCCAUGUUCUUAGCUUUUCUUCUCUUCAUUUUAGCUAUUGUUGUGCCUUCUCAAUCCAUUAAUUUCAUCUACAAUGGAUUCAACCAAACAAACCUUACCCUAGAAGGAGCUACCAUCAUCAAAUCAAGUGGAGCUCUUAGGCUUACUAACAAAUCUUCUAAUGUCAUAGGCCAUGCAUUCUAUCCCUCCCCAAUACAAUUGUUCACCAAAAAUUCUUCUUCUGUUAACUCUUCUAAUUCCUUUAGUACAUACUUUGCUUUUGCAAUAGUCCCCAAACGUGUCAACCGAGGCGGCUAUGGCCUCGCCUUCACUUUAUCUCCUUCGCGGCAAUUCCCUGGUGCUGAAGGCGAUCACUUCCUCGGAAUUUUCAAUUCAACAAAUGAUGGAAACCCCUCAAACCACAUCUUUGCUGUUGAAUUUGACACGGUGAAUGGGCACAAAGAGAUGUCGGACAGCGAAGGCAACCAUAUUGGGAUCAACAACAAUAGCAUGACCUCAGUUGCAUCCAAGCCGGCUUCUUAUCUAGUUAAUGAUACUGCUGUAGAGGAAGAAGUGAGGUUGGAGAGUGGAAAUCCAAUCCAAGCUUGGAUAGAGUAUGAUGGUGUAAAAGGAGUUGUGAAUGUAACCAUUUGGCCUGAAUCAGUACAAAAACCAACCAGACCACUCAUCUCCCAUCCCAUCAACCUAUCUGCUGUUCUUAAGGAGGAUGUGUACAUUGGAUUCUCCGCUGCCACGGGAAAAAAAUCAAGUUCUCAUUACAUCCUCGGAUGGAGUUUUUGUAUGAAUGGAAGGGCUGAUGAACUUGAUCUUUCUCGGCUUCCUAGACCGCCAAAUGAAGGAAAGUCUUCUACUUUUAAACCCCAAACCAAGGUCAUUCUCGCUAUUUUAUCCAUUGUGGUCAUUUUCUUGACGGGCGUUUUGAUUCUUGUUGUGAUAUACAGAAGGAGAAGGCGGUUCUUUGAUAGUAUUGAGGAAUGGGAGUUGGACUGUCCUCACAGGUUUCGAUAUAAAGAUCUAUACGCAGCCACCAAGGGAUUCAAAGAGAGUUUGAAACUUGGAGAAGGAGGUUUUGGUGUAGUGUACAAGGGUGUGUUACCCACUACAGGAGCUGAGGUUGCGGUGAAGAAGAUAUCAAAUGAUUCAAUACAAGGAAUCAGAGAAUUUGCCGCGGAGAUUGAAAGCUUGGGAAGGCUAAGGCACAAGAACCUUGUGAACCUUCAAGGUUGGUGCAAGAGGAAGAAAGAUCUCAUCUUAGUCUAUGACUAUGUCCCAAAUGGAAGUCUUGGUUCUUUGCUAUUCAAGCCUGGAAGUAAGUUCCUACUCAGCUGGGACCAAAGAUACAAUAUCCUCAAAGGCAUAGCCAGUGGACUACUGUAUCUCCAUGAAGAGUGGGAGAAAGUUGUGAUACAUCGCGACGUGAAGUCUAGCAAUGUUCUGAUUGAUGCUGAGAUGAAUGGUCGCUUAGGAGAUUUUGGACUAGCAAGAUUGUAUGAUCAUGGAAAAGUCUCACACACUACCAAUAUUGUGGGUACAAUAGGGUAUAUUGCACCUGAAUUGGCUCAAACAGGCAAGGCGUCUACUAGCUCUGAUGUGUUUGCAUAUGGUGUUCUGCUCCUUGAAGUGGCUUCUGGUAGAGGACCUAUUGUUACUGAUGCACAUGGGGAGAGCUUUACAUUGGUGGAUUGGGUGAUUGAAUGUCUUCAAAUGGGUCGAAUUCUGGAUGCUGCUGAUCCCAAGUUGAGCUCCAAUUUUGUGGUUGAAGAGAUGGAAUUGGUUUUGAGGCUUGGCCUAAUUUGCUGUCACCCAAAGCCAGAGGCUAGGCCUACCAUGAGGCAGGUCACGCGCUACCUUGCCGGGGAGGAACCACUUCCAUUCUUAGAUAAUUUGAGCUCCUUUGGUUCUCAACAGGCUGAUGAAUUCACAUCCAAAUUUCUGGAAGUGAUUUCAACUGAUACAAUCACAAAAUCAUAUAGUUCAUUAUGAAUAAGGAAGUUAGAUGUCUUUAAUUAGUUCUUUACAAACUGGAAGAGUGAGUUUCAAACUCUUUAUUUAUUCCUUCAGAUUUGGUCAUUUGGUUCUGUUUGGGAUUGAAUCAACUUUCAUUUGUGAAGGUUAUCUUCCCAUCUGAUUUUGUUUGUAAAUGUAUAAUCAUGAAGGACUCUUUGUUCAUUAGUGUUGCCAUUUUUCUUUCAGCCA